AUCGCAGAAUUCGCAGAAAGUCCGCGCGGCAGAGUGCCGCGUUGACUCGCGUGCGCGCCGGGCCUCUCUCUUUCGCUCGCUCGCUCCUCCUCCUCCUCUCCGCCGCGUCUCCCACCCGACGUCGUCGCCCACCACUAUCUCGGGUCUCGACGCGGCUCGGCCGACUCAUCCGACCGCCCGUGUCCUAGGGCUGCACGCUCCAAAGGCCAGGCGCGAUAGUCGAACCGUCGCGCCAGGACGGUGCAGCUCGCGAUAACGCUACGGUACGCGCGAGAGCCCGAGCACCGAGAUGGCACCGGCCAUCAGCAAAUUCGCUACCAGACGCACGCUGGCCGGCGCGGCCGCGCUCGGCACGCUCGUCUGGAUACUCAGGAGCCGCAGCAGGAGGCGGACGCAGAAGAUCAGGGACCAGUGGCCCACCGGCAACGACAUUCAGUAUGUCAUCAAGGAGGAGAAGCCCAAGAGCCCCAAGGCGCAGGUCAACGCCGUCUUCUUCCGCAGGCUCUGUCAGCUGCUCAGGAUCGGCAUCCCCGGCGUCUUCUCGCCGGAGUUCGGCUUCGUGCUCCUGGUGGCGAGCGCCCUGGUCGGCAGGACCCUGUGCGACUUGUGGCUGAUCAAGAAGGGCACCCUGAUAGAAACGUCAAUUGUCAGCAUGAACGGGCCAUUGUUCAGGCGACAUCUGAUGACUCUAUUCGCCGUGGGGCCGAUGAUUGCGAUCGUGAAUAAUAUACUGAAGUACGGCAUAAGCGAAAUGAAGUUGAGGUUGCGUACAAAUAUCACGCGUUAUUUGCUGGAUCAUUAUCUUAAGGGCUUUACCUAUUACAAAAUGAGUAAUCUGGACACUCGAAUCGCGAAUCCGGAUCAGCUGUUGACCACAGACGUCGACAGAUUCUGCGAAAGCUGCACGGACCUUUACAGCAACAUAGCGAAGCCUCUGCUGGACAUCGGUAUUUACGUAUAUAAAUUAACAACCAGUCUCGGUGGACAGACACCGAUCCUAAUGCUCUCAUACCUGGUGCUAGCUGGUACCUUUUUGACCCACCUUCGCAAGCCCAUCGGAACGAUGACAGUGAAGGAGCAACGACUGGAAGGAGAGUAUCGUCACAUCAAUUCAAGAUUGAUCGUCAACUCGGAGGAGAUAGCCUUUUAUGGAGGAAACAACAGGGAGAAACUGACGGUGUUGACCAGCUUCCACAAACUCGUGACGCAUCUGCGCAAAUUCUUGGAAUUUAAGAUCCUGAUAGGCGUCAUAGACAAUUACGUUGCCAAAUAUUUCGCGACCGUGAUCGGCUUCUACGCGGUGAGCAUACCCUUCUUCCAGACGAACCACGCCGUGCUGUCCGGCACGCCCGACCACAGAUUCAAAUCGUACUACACGUACGGCCGGAUGCUGGUGAAGCUGGCGGAGGCGAUCGGCCGAUUGGUGCUAGCCGGCAGGGAAAUGACGCGCCUGGCGGGAUUCACGGCGCGGGUCACCGAGAUCAAGAAGGUCCUCGACGACCUGAACGCCGGGAAAUACCAGCGAACGAUGAUCUCGGAUUACAAGGAGACCGCGAUCGGCUGUCCCGGUAACGGCAGGAUCGUGCCGCGCGACAAUAUCAUACGGUUCGACCACGUUCCUCUGGUGACGCCGAACGGAGACGUGCUCGUCAAGGAAUUGUCCUUCGAGGUGAAGUCGGGGAUAAACGUUCUGGUUUGCGGACCAAACGGUUGCGGCAAGAGUUCAAUGUUCAGGAUCCUCGGCGAAUUGUGGCCGAUCUGGUCCGGGACCAUCACGAAACCACCGCGCGGUAAGCUCUUUUACAUACCGCAACGUCCUUACAUGACGCUGGGUACGUUGAGAGACCAGAUCAUAUAUCCCCACACGAAGGAGGAGAUGAAGAGGCGCGGUAACGCUAACGACGAUGAUCUCAAGAAGUUCCUGGAUCUGGUGCAAUUAACCCAUCUGUUGGAAAGGGAAACCAACGGUGAACAGUCAGGUUGGGACGCGGUGGCUGAUUGGAUGGAUGUCCUGUCGGGUGGCGAGAAACAGCGUAUAGCGAUGGCUCGGCUGUUUUAUCAUAAACCGCAAUUCGCGAUCUUGGACGAGUGCACGAGUGCGGUCAGCGUCGACGUCGAGGAUUCCAUGUAUAGAUACUGCAAAAAGGAGAACAUUACGCUGUUCACGGUCUCGCAUCGUCGCUCACUUUGGAAGCAUCACGAGUACUACUUACACAUGGACGGCCGAGGAGGCUACGAGUUCAAGCCGAUCGAACAAGACACGAUAGAAUUCGGAUCGUGAAUUCUCGUGUCCCUUGCAUGCGCGCAAACGCAUUCGCGUGCGAGGGACAUCUAAUUUGGCGUAACUUAACCCUUUUUU